CGCCUCUCCCCGCCCUUUUCCCUCCCGGAUAUCAGUAGAGUUUCGCCGGAUGUUGUUGUGAGUUCGAGAGACACGUGAGGUAGUGCUACGUCAUCACAGGCACGCGCAGGAAAUAUGGCGGCUGCGGGUGUAGUGAGCGGGAAGAUUAUUUAUGAACAGGAAGGAGUCUAUAUUCACUCAUCUGGAAAGAUCAAUGACCAAGACAGUUUGAUUGCAGGAAUACUGCGUGUUUUAGAAAAGGAUGCUGAAGUAAUAUUGGAUUGGAGACCAUUGGAUGAUGCAUUAGAUUCUUCAAGUAUUCUCUAUGCUAGGAAGGACUCCAGUUCAGUAGUAGAAUGGACCCAGACCCCAAAAGAAAGAACUCAUCGAGGAUCGGAACAUUGGAGCAGUUAUGAAGCAGAGUGGGACAUGAUUAAUGCAGUUUCAUUUAAAAAGAAGCCACAUACCAAUGGAGAGACAGAGAAACUACGAGAGAAGGGGGAGAUAGAGAGGAAGAGAGACAGAGAUACACCUGCAGACCUGCUUUACCGCCUAUCUCCACAGGAUAAAAGAAUACUUCUUGUGAAUUGUCAGAAUAAGAGCCUUUCACAAUCUUUUGAAAAUCUUCUUGAUGAGCCAGCAUAUGGUUUAAUACAGGCAGGACUGCCUGACAGAAGAAAGCUGUUGUGGGCUGUUCACCAAUGGAAAAAAAUUAAAAAGGAUCCUUAUACGGCAACCAUGGUAGGAUUUUCCAAAGUCACAAACUACAUUUUUGAUAGUUUAAGAGGCAAUGAUUCCUCUACACAUCAACGACCACCUUCAGAAAUGGCAGAUUUUCUUAGUGAUGCCAUUCCAGGUUUAAAGAUAAAUCAACAAGAAGAGCCAGGAUUUGAAGUCAUCACAAGGAUUGAUUUGGGAGAAAGACCAGUUGUACAAAGAAGAGAGCCAGUAUCACUAGAAGAAUGGACUAAGAACAUUGAUUCUGAAGGAAGAAUUUUAAAUGUAGAGAAUAUGAAGCAGAUGAUAUUUAGAGGGGGACUUAGUCAUGUGUUGAGAAAGCAAGCAUGGAAAUUUCUCUUGGGCUAUUUUCCUUGGGACAGUACCAAGGAGGAAAGAACUCUAUUACAAAAACAAAAAACUGAUGAGUACUUCAGGAUGAAGCUACAGUGGAAAUCUGUCAGUGAGGAACAAGAGAAGAGAAAUUCAAGGCUAAGAGACUAUAGAAGUCUUAUAGAAAAAGAUGUUAACAGAACAGAUCGAACAAACAAGUUUUAUGAAGGCCAAGAUAAUCCAGGGUUGAUUCUACUUCAUGACAUUUUGAUGACCUACUGUAUGUAUGAUUUUGACUUAGGAUAUGUGCAAGGAAUGAGUGACUUACUUUCUCCUCUUUUAUAUGUGAUGGAAAAUGAAGUGGAUGCUUUUUGGUGCUUUGCCUCUUACAUGGACCAGAUGCAUCAAAAUUUUGAAGAACAAAUGCACAGCAUGAAGACCCAACUAAUUCAGCUAAGUACCUUACUUCGAUUGUUGGAUAGUGGAUUCUGCAGUUACUUAGAAUCUCAGGACUCUGGAUACCUUUAUUUUUGCUUCAGAUGGCUUUUAAUUAGAUUUAAAAGGGAAUUUAGUUUUCUAGAUAUUCUUCGGUUGUGGGAGGUAAUGUGGACUGAACUACCAUGUAAAAACUUCCAUCUUCUUCUCUGCUGUGCUAUUCUGGAAUCAGAAAAGCAGCAAAUAAUGGAAAAACACUAUGGUUUUAGUGAAAUACUUAAGCAUAUCAAUGAAUUAUCUAUGAAAAUUGAUGUGGAAGAUGUACUGUGCAAAGCAGAGGCAAUUUCUCUACAGAUGGUAAAAUGCAAGGAAUUGCCACAAGCAGUUUGUGAAAUCCUAGGACUUCAGGACAGUGAGGUUACAACGCCUGAUUCAGACACUGGUGAAGAUGAAAAUGCUGGCAUAAUCAGUUGUCCCACAUCUGCAUUUCAGAGUAACUCCCUGCCUACUCAUGCUGCCACUGGCUCCAGAGAUGACAGUCCAACACAGAUAUUAGCACCGCCAAAUGUCAGCAGAUUAACAUCUGCAUGAUCAUUAUUCAUAAAGUGUUGAAGAGACAUUUUAUUGCAGCUUAUUUUCAAGUACUUGAAAAGGUGGAAAUGUAAAAUCUUGGUAUUGAUCAUGCUUUAAGAGUUAUGGAAAGAAGUGUACUGAUAUUCUUGCAUUAAAGCUUUACAAAGAUUUAAACUAAUUAUUUUUGUAGUUACUUUUACCAAAUAGCCUUUCCUUUUCAGUAACAUUCCUUAGUAUUUUUAUAGCCAAGUACAUUUUAUUUUCUUGCUGAUGAACUGGAAUUAGAUAAAUAUUACAAGUGGAUGAGUUGAAAUUAUGCACUUUGGAAAACAUUCACUUUGUUUACUCUAAGCUUCAUGGGUUUUGGAUUUGAUUAAAUUAAAUAUUGAGUCUAUAGUAUUGUAAGCUGGGAAGUAGGUUGUUAUUCAGUGACAAAAUAAAAUAAUUUGUUUUUCUCUGUUUACAACAAUACUCAGCUUAAAUAUUUAUGCUGGUAAUGUGAUUUAAAUUGGACAUUUUCAUCAGUGCAAUUGAAUGUGUAAGGAGCUAUUUCAACCACACUAACUGAAUUGGCAGUAUAUUUUUUACAUUGGACUUUUUCUUCAAUUGUACAUAAAGACUAUAUAAAUACUUAUUUAUGAGUAUAAGAAAGGAUAGGCAUAUUUUCUUUAACUGAAUGAACUUGAACAUUGAUUUAUAUAACCUGGUUUGACAAAAUUAAUACAUAACUUCAAUAUGAAAUCUUUUUCAAAACUAUUUUCUUAACCAAACAUUUAUUUCAUUAGACUACAUUCAACACUGUAUCUGGUGUAAUUUUAAAAUUAAUUGCUUGUAACCUCACUUUACUAAUAAUGUUUAUUAUCUUUCCUAAUGAUGCAUUAAUUGAUUAAUCAGGUCUUCAUGUUUUUAUAAAUACUCUUGGCAAAAGCUUGUCAGAAAAUUCAAGAUACCAUUAUCACGAGUCUCAAGAUCUUUUGUAUAUGGAUGAAACAGUUGUUUUUACCAUGCAUUGCUGCAUGAUUUAAAGUUAUGUGGAAUUAACAUAACUGAUUCCAUUUUAUUUGUAAUUUGUUAACUCUUGUACAUAUCAUUAAAAUAAAUUUGAAGUUGAA